AUGUCCGGCGGCGGGCGGCUCGCGGGCCGGGUGUGCCUGGUGACCGGCGCCUCGCGGGGCCUAGGGAAGGGCAUCGCGCUGCAGCUGUCGGAGGCGGGCGCCACCGUGUACAUCACGGGCCGGCAGCGGGAGCCGCUGGUCCGGGCGGCGGAGGAGGUGUCGGCCCGGGGCGGGCGCUGCGUGCCCGUGGUGUGCGACUCGUCGCGGGAGGAGGAGGUGGCGGCGCUGUUCGAGCGGCUGCAGCAGGCGGAUGGCGGGCGGCUGGACGUGCUGGUGACCAACGCCUUCUCCGGGGUGGAUGCCAUCGCCGCCCAGCUGGGGCUGCCCUUCUGGGAGAGCCCAGCCGCCUUCUGGGACCAGAUCAACAAUGCGGGCCUGCGGGGCCACUACCUCUGCGCCCACUACGCUGCCCGCCUCAUGGUGCCGGCCAGGCGUGGCCUCAUCGUCGUCAUCUCCUCGCCCGGCGGCCUGCGCUACAUGUUCAAUGUGCCCUACGGCGUGGGCAAGGCCGCCUGCGACCGCCUGGCCGCCGACUGUGCCAUCGAGCUGCGCCCCUACGGCGUGGCCUGUGUGACGCUGUGGCCCGGUCUCGUCCGCACUGAGGCAGUGCUGAAGGAGGCCGAGGGCUCAGGCCCGUGGGUUGUGCCGCUGCAGAAGAUGAUUGGCAAUUCGGAGAGCCCAGAAGUGAGUGGCAAGUGUGUGGUCGGCCUGGCGUCCGAUCCCGCCAUCAUGUGCCACAGCGGCAAGGUGCUGCUCACCCCAGACCUUGCCCGCCGCUACCGCUUCCGUGACGUGGAUGGGAGACCUGUCUACAACUACGUAUCGGUGCGCAAUAUUCUCGUGAUGCUGAUGCCAGGGCUGACCUGCCUCUUCCGCCUCAUCCCAGAGUGUAUCAGCAUACCCAAAUGGGCUCUCACACUUUACUCUAGCAAAUUCAGUGUCUACCCACCCCUGCAAACAGCCCCCAAACCUGGAAAAAAUAUUUGAUAAAUUAAUAAUAAAAAAAUGUGCCCGUGA